AUGAGGCACCAGGUUUCGCGGAUACUUAAAGGACGAAAGGUCAAGGCUUCUCUUCGCUUCCUCCGCCAUGUCGCAUUCCUCAAGCUCGCUGCCAUCGCCGGCCUCGCUUCCUCUGUCCUCGCCGCUCCCGUCGAGGCCCCUGCUGCUACCAACCAGCUGGCCGCCCGCGCUCCCUACGACGUCCACAACGGCUGGGCAUCCUACUUAUUGACACGAGCGCACAACGCGUUUCAGACAACCCCUCCGUCGGUACUGGCGCCUGCGGCUGGAACAACGGCGACUACGAGUGGUGGCUGCCGUAGGCACCAGCCUGUUCCAGGAGAUGAUGGUCGCCAGGCUUGCGGAAAGACCGCCAACGUCAGCUGGAACGGCAAGACCAUCAAGGUCGGCAUCGUCGACCGGUGCUACGCAUGCGGCUACAACGACAUCGACCUGUCGCCGUCUGCGUUCCAGCAGUUUGCUGGUCUCGGGACUGGCAAGCUGCAGGGUGUGUCGUGGAAGUUCAACUGA